CAAUAAAAAUGUAGAAGAAGAAGAAGAAGACGCGGUGCAGAAUCUAGUGUCGCUCAAACGAUCUUUUCUCUUUUCGUCUUUUUCCUGUGAAGUUGUACGUUGAUUCGAAUAUGUUGGCGAACAGAAUAAUCGGAACUUGUGUUUUCGGACUGAGAAAUGUGUCUGGAAGAGGACGGCCGCUCGCUGCAGUUUCUGCGAGAUUUCAGCACAAUAAGUCUGAGGAGUUCAGGCAGCCCGCAUCCUCAGGCCGACCUGAGACCUCUAGCGCCAAAUCCCUGAUGGACAUCGGGACCCGCCGGAUCUUCAAUGAGGACCAUGACCUCUUCAGACAAAAUGUGCGGCGCUUCUUCCAAGAGGAAGUAGUGCCUUACCACAAAGAGUGGGAGAAGGCAGGUCAGGUGAGCAGGGAGGUGUGGGAAAAGGCUGGUGAGCAAGGUCUGCUGGGAGUAAUGACAGCAGAAGAGCAUGGUGGCAUAGGAGGAGACCUGUUUUCUGCAGCUGUCACAUGGGAGGAGCAAAUGUAUUGCAACUGCACAGGCCCAGGUUUUGCGCUGCACUCUGACAUCGUCAUGCCCUACAUCGUCAACUACGGCAGCAAGGAACAGAUCAAACACUUCAUCCCAAAGAUGACCGCUGGGAAAUGUAUCGCUGCCAUCGCCAUGACUGAGCCAGGAGCAGGCAGUGACCUUCAGGGUGUGAGGACGUAUGCCAAGAAGGAUGGCAGUGACUGGAUCCUCAACGGCAACAAGGUAUUUAUUACAAAUGGUUGGAUGGCAGAUCUGGUGGUGGUAGUGACCGUGACCAACCGAGAGGCGAAGACGGCAGCACACGGGAUCAGUCUGUUCCUGGUGAAGGAGGGCAUGAAGGGCUUUCACAAAGGGCGGAAGCUGGAGAAGAUUGGCCUGAAAGCCCAGGACACAGCUGAGUUAUUCUUCGAGGAUGUGCGCCUCCCAGCUGAUGCCCUCUUAGGAGAACUCAACAAAGGUUUCUAUUACCUGAUGAAUGAACUCCCUCAGGAGCGUCUGCUGAUUGCUGACAUGGCCAUAGCGAGUUGUGAGUUCAUGUUUGAGGAAACCAGAAAUUAUGUAAUGCAGCGGAAGGCUUUCGGCAAAACAGUCGCUCACCUUCAGACUGUGCAGCACAAGCUAGCAGAGCUAAAGACCGAGAUCUGUGUGGUUCGAGCCUUCCUGGAUAGCUGCCUUCAGCUCCAUGCUGAGAAAAGCCUGGAUCCUGCCACGGCCUCCAUGGCCAAGUAUUGGGCAUCUGACCUCCAGAACAGAGUGGCCACUCAGUGCCUGCAGCUCCACGGAGGCUGGGGGUACAUGUGGGAAUACCCCAUCGCCAAGGCAUUUGUGGACUCGCGAGUUCAGCCUAUCUACGGAGGAACCAACGAGAUCAUGAAGGAGCUCAUCGCUCGUACCAUCGUCAGCCAGAAGUGAAACUGGGUUGUCGUUUUUUGUAACCUUUUUUUUUUUUUUUUUUUAAAACAAAACCCACAAAACUGUUAAUAAAGAUCUCCAGUUUAGUUUUUUUUUCUGUAGGUGUUACACUCAUAUCGUUAUGUGAAUUAUUUCGGCUGUGAUAGCCGUGCAGUGGAAGUGUGAAUGUGAACACCAGUACGUCCACUGGUUUAAUUAUACUUGAAAUUUUCAGAUCGAUAAAGGGAAUAAAAGAACACUGUUUGCUCUUUGCUCUAAUUCUGUAAAUGUUCAACCACUGUAUUCCCCUUUAUGCCCCUUAUAAAGAGAAGUUUUGAGCAGCAGGUGGGCGGAGCUUCUGCACUCACACGACUGUAUAUGUAAUAUUAAGGAUGGACAUACACUGACCUCAUGAGUUGAAUCUUUGGACAUAAUAAUAAUAAUUUUAGCAUUCAGCAUUGCUACGGUACACAUAUGACAGGAAAUACAGAGAAUUUUCUUUAAGUUUGUCAGCAAUGCCUUGUUUUAGCAUUGAUAAUGUGGCCAGUCUGCAUCAGAUUAAAGAUAUCUGACAUAAUUUCCCUUAUAGGAGGUUUUCUUUUUCAAAAUCAGUGUUUUUUAAUAUGCACUUAAAUGCCUGCUUUCAUAAUCUGCCACUCUUAGUUAAUUUACAAGCGGCAUGAACAAUGUUUAACACUAGACACUUGUUGUAAAUUGAUUUAUUUGCCAUUCAAAGUGCAUGAAGCACUAACUUUGUGCCAGUGGUUCUCAGCUCUUGUUUGUGAGUGUCAUGAAUGUAAUUAAAUAAAUGACAUGGAGUGUGA